UGUUUGUGUUGUGGUUUUGGGGGAGGGAGGCGGAGGGGAAAGUUUGUUUAUUUUGUUUUUAGUUUCUGGGGUCCCCGAGCUUCGGGAAGGUGAAGCGAACGACAGUGACCCCCCCUCGCCUCUCAGCCUCCCCGCGACGUCGCCUCCACAGCUUGCGGAGAAGCGGGGGCCGCGGUCGCCGCUGGGCUCCACGGCGGAACGACGCGCGCUCGGAGCCGGCGCGGCUCGGCGGGUUUUGGCAUUUUGCACUGAAUGUAACCUAGACUGAUCGUCUCGGGCUUGUGUUGCCCCAGGAUACUGUCAGUGGCAGUGUUUGUGAGCGUCUGCAGAGUUUUGCACAGUCUGUUCCCAUGCAAACCAAUGAGGGAGAAGUAGAGGAAGAAAGCAGCUCCCAGGUGGAACAGGAGGAUUUUGUAAUGGAAGGGCAUGGCAAGACUCCACCUCCUGGAGAAGAAAGCAAACAAGAGAAGGAGCAAGAAAGGGAAGAACAGUUAAUGGAAGACAAGAAAAGGAAGAAAGAGGAUAAAAAGAAAAAAGAAACCACCCAGAAGGUCACGGAACAAAAAACCAAAGUGCCCGAAGUGACGAAACCAAGUUUAAGCCAACCAACGGCCGCCAGCCCAAUUGGCAGCUCUCCAUCGCCACCAGUCAAUGGUGGCAACAAUGCCAAAAGGGUGGCAGUGCCGAACGGACAACCGCCAAGUGCCGCCCGCUACAUGCCUCGGGAGGUGCCGCCGCGAUUCCGUUGCCAGCAGGACCACAAAGUGUUACUAAAACGUGGGCAGCCCCCUCCACCGUCCUGCAUGCUCCUCGGGGGUGGGGCAGGGCCUCCUCCCUGCACAGCACCUGGAGCAAACCCAAACAACAACGCACAAGUGACAGGAGCGCUGCUGCAGAGCGAGAGUGGGACGGCACCAGAGUCAACCCUUGGAGGUGCUGCUGCUUCAAAUUAUGCAAAUUCCACUUGGGGCCCGGGAGCCUCCUCCAACAACGGCGCCUCCCCCAACCCAAUUCACACCUGGGACAAGGUGAUUGUAGACGGGUCUGACAUGGAAGAGUGGCCUUGUAUUGCCAGCAAAGACACUGAAUCUUCUUCCGAAAACACCACCGAUAACAACAGUGCCUCAAACCCUGGCCCUGAGAAGAGCACUCUGCCAGGAAGCACCACUAGUAACAAAGGCAAAGGGAGCCAGUGCCAGUCUGCAAGUUCCGGGAACGAAUGUAAUCUUGGGGUCUGGAAGUCUGACCCUAAGGCUAAAUCUCUUCAAUCUUCCAACUCUACUUCAGAUAGCAACAGUGGACUAGGAAACUGGAGGAAUGUGAGUGGUCAAGACAGAAUUGGACCUGGCUCUGGCUUCAGCAACUUUAACCCAAAUAGCAACCCAUCUGCCUGGCCAGCGUUGGUCCAAGAAGGAACUUCUAGGAAAGGGGCACUGGAAACAGAAAAUAGUAGUUCCAGUGCACAGGUUAGCACAGUAGGCCAGGCAUCCAGGGAACAGCAGUCAAAGAUGGAAAAUGCGGGUGUUAAUUUUGUUGUCUCUGGCAGAGAACAGGCUCAAAUUCAUAACACUGAUGGACCAAAAAAUGGAAACACUAACUCCUUGAACUUAAGUUCACCAAACCCCAUGGAAAAUAAGGGAAUGCCCUUUGGAAUGGGCUUGGGGAACACCUCCAGGAGCACUGAUGCCCCUUCACAAAGCACUGGAGAUCGAAAGACUGGGAGUGUUGGGUCUUGGGGUGCAGCUAGGGGGCCUUCUGGAACUGACACAGUCUCUGGACAAAGCAAUUCUGGAAAUAAUGGGAACAAUGGAAAAGACAGAGAGGACUCCUGGAAAGGAGCUUCUGUUCCAAAAUCAACUGGGUCAAAAAAUGACUCUUGGGACAAUAACAGGUCUACGGGUGGGUCCUGGAACUUUGGCCCUCAGGACUCUAAUGACAACAAAUGGGGUGAAGGGAACAAAAUGACAUCUGGGGUCUCUCAGGGAGAAUGGAAACAGCCGACUGGGUCUGAGGAGUUGAAAAUUGGAGAAUGGAGUGGUCCAAACCAACCAAAUUCUAGCACUGGAGCAUGGGACAAUCAAAAGGGCCACCCCCUCCCUGAAAACCAAGGCAAUGCCCAGGCUCCCUGUUGGGGAAGAUCUUCCAGCUCCGCAGGAAGUGAGGUUGGAGGUCAAAGCACUGGAAGCAACCACAAAGCAGGAAGUAGCGACAGUCAUAAUUCAGGCCGUCGGUCAUACAGGCCCACACAUCCUGAUUGCCAGGCUGUCUUGCAGACUCUUUUGAGCCGAACUGAUUUGGACCCCAGGGUGCUCUCAAACACUGGCUGGGGCCAGACUCAAAUUAAGCAGGACACAGUGUGGGAUAUCGAAGAGGUGCCAAGACCUGAGGGGAAAUCUGACAAAGGAACCGAGGGGUGGGAGAGCGCUGCCACACAGACCAAGAACUCAGGGGGCUGGGGAGAUGCACCCAGCCAAAGCAAUCAAAUGAAGUCUGGAUGGGGGGAGCUCUCAGCCUCGACAGAGUGGAAAGAGCCCAAGAGUGCAGGAGGCUGGGCCGACUAUAAGAACAACAACCCUUCUAACUGGGGAGGAGGACGAGCAGAUGAAAAGACACCUUCCUCUUGGAAUGAGAGUUCCUGCAAGGAUCAGGGGUGGGGAGGUGGGCGCCAGCCCAACCAAGGAUGGACUUCUGGGAAGAAUGGUUGGGGCGAGGAGGUUGAUCAAGUGAAAAACAACAAUUGGGAAAGCUCUGCAAAUAAGCCUGUAUCUGGGUGGGGUGACGGAGGGCAGAAUGAAAUUGGAACUUGGGGUAAUGGUGGGAAUACAAACCUAGCUUCAAAAGGUGGGUGGGAAGAUUGCAAAAGAUCCCCUGCAUGGAAUGAGACAGGCAGACAGCCCAAUUCCUGGAAUAAACAACACCAACAGCAGCAGCAGCAGCAGCCGCCGCCGCCACCACAGCCAGAGGCUUCUGGUUCAUGGGGAGGCCCACCCCCACCACCUCCGGGCAGUGUUCGACCUCCUAAUUCCAACUGGAGCAGUGGGCCCCAGCCUGCAGCCCCUAAGGAUGAUGAACCCAGUGGUUGGGAGGAGCCGUCCCCACAGUCAAUUAGUCGAAAAAUGGACAUCGAUGAUGGCACUUCAGCUUGGGGAGACCCUAACAGUUACAACUACAAGAAUGUGAACCUGUGGGAUAAGAAUUCUCAAGGGGGCCCAGCACCUCGGGAACCAAACCUGCCUACCCCAAUGACCGGAAAAUCAGCAUCAGUCUGGAGCAAAAGCACACCACCUGCUCCAGAUAAUGGGACUUCAGCCUGGGGUGAGCCAAAUGAAAGCAGUCCUGGGUGGGGUGAAAUGGAUGAUGCAGGAGCAUCGACCACAGGCUGGGGAAACACACCUGCCAACGCUCCCAAUGCCAUGAAACCCAAUUCCAAAUCUAUGCAAGACGGCUGGGGGGAGAGUGACGGGCCGGUCACAGGAACUCGCCAUCCUAGCUGGGAAGAGGAAGAUGAUGGAGGAGUCUGGAACACCGCCGGCUCUCAGGGAAGCACUUCCUCCCACAACUCAGCAAGCUGGGGACAAGGAGGAAAGAAACAAAUGAAGUGCUCACUGAAAGGUGGAAACAAUGAUUCAUGGAUGAAUCCUCUUGCCAAACAGUUUUCAAAUAUGGGAUUGCUGAGUCAAACUGAAGAUAACCCAAGCAGUAAAAUGGACUUGUCUGUAGAUAAGAAAUUUGAUGUGGACAAGCGAGCAAUGAAUCUCGGGGAUUUUAAUGAUAUCAUGAGGAAGGAUCGACCUGGGUUCCGUCCACCUAAUUCCAAAGACUUGGGAACUGCAGACAGUGGGCCUUAUUUUGAGAAGCUGACUUUGCCUUUCUCCAAUCAAGAUGGGUGCCUUGGGGAUGAGGCUCCCUGCUCUCCCUUCUCCCCUUCUCCCAGCUACAAGCUGUCUCCCUCUGGUUCCACACUACCCAACGUCAGCCUUGGAGCAAUCGGCACAGGGCUCAACCCCCAAAACUUCGCUGCUAGACAAGGCAGCAGUCACGGUUUGUUUGGAAACAGCACAGCACAAUCGAGAGGCCUGCACACUCCAGUGCAGCCACUGAGUUCUUCUCCUGGUCUCCGGGCGCAAGUGCCUCCCCAGUUUAUCUCCCCCCAGGUUUCUGCCUCAAUGCUCAAGCAGUUCCCCAGCAGUGGCCUGAAUCCAGGCCUCUUUAAUGUGGGUCCCCAGCUGUCUCCUCAACAGAUUGCCAUGCUGAGCCAGCUUCCGCAGAUCCCCCAGUUUCAGUUGGCAUGUCAGCUUCUCCUGCAGCAGCAGCAGCAGCAGCAGCAGCUGCUCCAGAACCAGAGAAAGAUUUCUCAAGCAGUGCGCCAGCAACAAGAGCAGCAGCUGGCGAGAAUGGUGAGUGCUCUCCAACAGCAGCAGCAGCAGCAACAGCAGCAGCAGCGGCAGCCUAGCAUGAAGCAUUCACCAUCUCAUCCUGUUGGGCCUAAGCCACAUUUGGACAACAUGGUACCCAACACACUGAAUGUCGGGCUCCCAGACCUUCAGACCAAAGGGCCAAUCCCUGGAUAUGGUUCUGGCUUCAGCUCUGGCGGCAUGGACUAUGGUAUGGUUGGUGGCAAGGAGGCUGGGACUGAGUCUCGCUUCAAACAGUGGACCUCCAUGAUGGAAGGGCUGCCUUCUGUGGCCACACAAGAAGCCACCAUGCACAAAAACGGCGCUAUAGUGGCCCCUGGUAAGACCCGAGGAGGGUCACCAUACAACCAGUUUGAUAUAAUCCCAGGUGACACACUGGGUGGCCAUACGGGUCCUGCUGGUGAUAGCUGGUUACCUGCCAAAUCUCCACCGACUAAUAAAAUCGGAAGUAAAUCCAGCAAUGCCAGUUGGCCUCCAGAAUUCCAACCAGGAGUGCCAUGGAAAGGUAUCCAAAAUAUUGACCCUGAAUCUGACCCUUAUGUCACCCCAGGAAGUGUGCUGGGGGGUCCAGCCACAUCUCCCAUUGUAGAUACUGACCACCAACUGCUGCGGGAUAACACCACAGGGUCUAACUCUUCCCUCAACACCUCGCUGCCUUCACCUGGUGCCUGGCCCUACAGUGCCUCUGACAACUCCUUUACCAACGUUCAUAGCACUUCAGCAAAGUUCCCUGAUUACAAAUCCACGUGGUCCCCAGAUCCCAUAGGACACAACCCCACUCAUCUCUCUAACAAGAUGUGGAAAAACCACAUCUCCUCCAGGAACACUACACCGCUGCCCCGCCCACCUCCUGGCCUGACCAACCCCAAACCGGCAUCUCCCUGGAGCAGCACAGCACCCCGAUCAGUCCGGGGGUGGGGGACACAGGACUCUCGGAUUGCCUCGGCCUCUACCUGGAGUGAUGGUGGCUCUGUUCGUCCUAGUUACUGGCUGGUUCUUCACAAUCUCACUCCACAGAUUGAUGGGUCAACCUUGAGAACGAUCUGCAUGCAGCAUGGUCCGCUGCUGACAUUCCAUCUGAAUCUAACCCAGGGUACUGCCCUGAUCCGAUACAGCACCAAACAAGAGGCAGCCAAGGCCCAGACUGCACUGCACAUGUGUGUGUUGGGAAACACUACCAUCCUGGCCGAGUUCGCCACUGAGGAUGAAGUCAGCCGCUUUCUGGCUCAAGCUCAGCCCCCUACACCUGCAGCAACCCCAAGCGCACCCAGCACAGGGUGGCAGUCACUGGAGACCAGCCAGAACCAAGCCGACCCCGUUGGACCUGCGCUGAACCUUUUCGGUGGGUCCACCGGGCUCGGGCAGUGGAGCAGCAGCACUGGUGGCAGCAGUGGGGCCGAUCUUGCUGGCACUUCCUUGUGGGGGCCCCCAAACUAUUCUUCUAGCUUGUGGGGAGUCCCUACGGUAGAAGAUCCCCAUAGGAUGGGCAGCCCUGCUCCUUUACUACCUGGUGACCUUCUGGGAGGAGGGUCGGAUUCAAUCUGAACUUAGAACUUUCAACUCUGACCUCGUGACCUUUUUUGGAACAGCAGCAGCACUAACUUGACCUUUUCGUUUUUUUUUUCAACUUGCAAUAAAUACAUUUUUAAAAGGAAAAAAGAAAACGGAGAGAGAAAAAAAGGUGGGUCAUUGACAGACUGUCUGAGCACAUAGUUGCCUCCCUUAAAACUUCAGUUUUUUCGUUUGGAAUAUGAAUCCAAAAAGAGAACAUAUCACUCUUGAAAUACUUGAAUCAUGAACGCCAACCUAGAAAGACAAUGUGAAGCAAGUACACAUACCAUUUAAAUUUAAACACAAAAAAUUAAAAAAAUUAGUUUCUAGUUUUUCACUUUUUUCAUGUUAUAUGGAAGUUGUUGCUAAGAAACAUAUAUACUGAAAAAAAUAGCUUUUUAACUUUGUUUGCACUGGGUGUGUUUCCGUCCUUAGGUCUACCAUGUUUGGGUGGGAGGGAAAUUCAAAAGAAUUGUUGGGGGAGGGGGAAGGGAAGACUUGACGGAGCCUCACUUUAAAAACAAAAACAAAAAAAACUUAAAAAAAAAAAAAGGAAAAAUUUUGUGAUUGGCUGGUUGAUAAAUACCAGUGUGUUCUGGCACAUGUAACUGCCCAGGCAUGCUCGUUCUGGUAUGUGUGUGCACGUGUGUUCAUGUGCAUUUGCGUGCAUCCUCCUCUCUGUCUCUUAUGUGUGUGCCUGCGUCCUGCCCUCCUCGUCCUACCCCACCCUGAUUUCUCAGAAAGCUGCAUUGCUGACAGUUUGCAGGCUGGCUGGCCGGCCAUCCGCUUUUUAUUAUUUUUAACUAUGAGAACACAGGAGCACAGGGAGCCGCUGCAACUCAAGCCACUUCUUCGGGCUGCAUCAAGACGAAGGGUGCUUCUCGUGAUGAGAGCGGCAGCCGGAACCUGAGGGUCCCCAGCUUCCUGUUGACCUAGCAGCAGAGCUGAGCACUGCCAAGUCCAGCAGUUGGGCGGGAGGUGCCUCUCAGAGCAGCUGUUGCUCACUUCUGUGAAAUACGCAGCCGCUGAGCACGUGGGGUCUAAGUCCCAAGCAAGCCUUUUUGCUACUUUGAAUGGGAACAGAUGAUUCAGUGAUUUUUAAAUCGUGUGAUGUUUAGCGGGAAAACUGUGUUCCCACUUUCCAGUGUCAUCAGGUGUGAGAUUUUUUUUUUUAAAGGAAUCAGGUAAUGCAAAUUAAGUAAUGCGUAUGGUUCUUAUUGUUUGAGGAAAAUAGUAAAUUGUGAGCAGCCUCCUGGAAGCACCGCAGCUCCCCCCUCUGCUCCUCUCGCUGAGCAUUACCUGUGCCAGGCCAUGGCGUGUUACAGCACCAGGCCAUCACUGACAAACGUUUACUUAACGAAUGUUCUUAAACCAGUGUGUACUUCAAGCGUCUCCCUCUGUGUUGUGUUUCCUGUGUAUGUGGUUUUGCUUAGGCAGAAAUAACUUAGCAAAGACUUAAGUAUUGCACCUUGUUUUGGUUUUGACCUCUUUUUUUUCUUCCUUGUAAUGUUGGGUUUUUUUGUUUUGGUAUUUAAAGACUUUUUUUUUUUUUUUUUUUUUUUUUUAAGCAUCAAUGUAGUAGUUCUCUGGGCCGAACAGGAGGCAAUGUUUAAUCCACAGUUAUCACCAAUAUGUACUAUGUUGGAAUCAAAAUAUAUCAAAUUGCUUAUUGUGAAAAGAGUGAAAGCGAACCUGAAGGGGAAUCCUUACAUACUAAGUAAAUGGCGGGUGGGUGGGCAGGGAGGUGUGUGCGGGUAACAUGCUAGCACUUGUGUGGAUAUCCCAGUCUGCAUCGUACUGUUUGUUCAACAUGAAGUGCCGACAUUCUGUACCAGCAAUUACCUGCCCAUUCCAACCCCUGGUGGGAGCAGACCUCUGCUGUCCUCCGUGACUUGCUGCUAUUGAGGACAGGGGAGUUUUUCUUUCUUAGCAUCAUCAGUGAAAGAUACAACAAUGCCUGAUGUAUUUGACUUUCAGCUUGUGUCUUUGUGGGUAGAGGGGUAUGACUAGAAAAAAGCAACAACAACAAAAGCAUGUAAGUGGCUUUGUAAGACAGUGAGUGGGAAAUUCUGUAGUCGUCUUGGCUCACCCUAUUGGAUACAAACCUAACUUCUGAAGAGAUUGGCGGGCGCUGUUCCUGUGAGCACUGUGCUUGCCAGUGUGGGAGCCCUUGGCAAGGUGGGUGGGCAAAGGAGUCCUCAGUUCUGGUUUAUUCCUGCAACACCUUGUUCUCAUGGACUCUGCCUUCCUUCCCUGCUCUCUGGUUUCCAUCACUACCAUCCCCCUCCCACUUCUGCCCCUCCAAAUUGUCUCCUUCCAGCCCUGCUGACUCUCAAGUGUUGGAGCAGAGCUCUGUCGUCGGUGGUGAUGACCAAGUGAGGCGCAGCUUAUGUUCAGACAUCUGCAGACUGAAGGCUAAUCUUAGCGUCCCCAGACUCCCAGGAUCCCAUGGGGACUGUCCACUGCCGCUCUUGGUUCACAGCCCUGCCUACCACCCUCUCCUCCUCCUCCCCUUCCUCCUCUUUCUGCCUGUUGGGUCCUUGACCUGCACUAUGGCUUAGUUGAGUUCCUUACGAUACUACGGUGAAAGCCGGGUGCUAGAGCCCCUCUUGUUUACAAGACAUAAAUGAGGGAUUUGAAACAUGUAAAAAUAAACAUGAGAAGCUAAAAUGUUCUUCCAUCAUAAGCUUAAAGGGAAAAAACUAAAAACUUAAAAAAAAAGACCAAAAAGUGCGUGUGUGUGUGUAUAUAUAUAUAUAUGUGUGUAUAUAUAUAUAUACAUAUACACAUACAUACAUACAUACAUAUAAAUAUAUAUUUUAGAUGAAGACUAACUCUGGGAGCAUUUAACAGUGUUUUUGUUUUUACUUUAACAUUUAUUUUCCUGCUUUAAAAUUUGCAAGCAUUCUCAGGAAUUCUAGGGUAGGAAGCCAGUUUUUUGAAGAUGGUUUAUUUAACCGUAUCUUAUCCUAGAUAGACAGCUGUUUCUUUCCUGUUAGUAAACUUUUACAAGUUCCUGAAACUUCAAAAAGUUUAAAUGAUUUUUACUUAAAAAAAAAUGUAAAAAGAAAAGUCUCCAAACAUUAUUAUCACACGUUUUAAAAUACAUAGAAAUAUUUUUUAGAAAUUACCAAUUUAGCAGCAACAGGUAAAUUCAUUAUCUUAACAACUGUGGGAGAAGGAUCAGGUUUUCUGAGGGCUGCCGCGGCCUCACUUGAGAUUGUGCCUAACUGAUGGGGGAGUUUUUGGUAUGCUCAGUAGGAUUGCUACCACAAUGUUACUUCUGUGUAAGGCUGGACAGACAUCUCCCCAGUCGUGUUUAUGUUCUCCAAUGCAGCCCUUCUCCCUGUCUCUCCAACCCCAUCAACAAAAGAAAGGAAUAAAGAAACAACAGCUUAAGGAAAAAGGAUUGGCUCAAAACUGUGUAAGCAGUGUGUUUGUUGGAUUGCUGAGAAUCUGGGUAAAGAGUUAGGAAAUAUAGGUUAAUAAUUUUUGAAAAAAUCUUAAAUAUAAGCAUUACUAAAGAAAAUUUACCUAUGGACUGUUCUGUUGAUGAAGAAUGUCUGUUUGGCCUCCGUCUGUUGCAGGAGGGAAAACAGAAGAAUCUAUAAGGAACAAGUGAUUUUACUUUGUUUUAGCUCCCAGCUCCUGUUGUGCUUGUUUUAAAUGCUGUUUUGAAGAUCUGCUGCUUACAUAUCCCCAUCCUGGGUGGCAGAGACCUGGAGUGUUUCCUUUGAUGUUGGUGAUGUUGAAUUCUCCUUUUGUAUUCCUUCUGGGGCCAGAGGUCAUGGCCAAAGCUUUUUUCAAACUUUAAGCUUCCCAGUGGGAAAGAAACUCCAGCUCCACAGGUAAAGUGAAUGGGUGGGGUUGCUGCCUGCAUUCUCUAAAACCGCUUUAGUGCCUUCGUACAUACACCCAGACAUCCUAAGAGGGGACGAGUGUGUGUGCAUGUGGUCCAGUCACUCCACAGUUGGUAAGAUGCUUGCCGGGAAAGGAAAUUGGAGUCGUUCUGGACAGGCCCCAAAGGCAGUGGGCUAAAUCAAAAUAAACAAAAAUUCAAAAAUUGAGGAAAGUUAAAUAAGUUGUUUUGUCUUGAUAAUGUGGGAUGCCAAGUUCCUUCCUAUGUUGUGUGCCCUCCAUAGGUGCUGACUUCUCCAUGUGUAGAAGGGUGACAGUUACAGUGAUGGGGAAAGUCUUUUUGUGCUGGGCCAAUGGAAAAAGGCUCAGCUUCUCAGCUCCUGUUCUCUGUCUUCUCCCUGCCUCUCCCCUUCGCCCAUCUGCCAUCUUGCUGGAAGCUUUUAUUAGAUAGGAGUAACAUAAGGAAAGGACAUGGUGAGGGUAUCUUGAAGGUAGAAAGCCCUUCCCUUCCCAUGCUAUUUUUUAGCAAGAACCCUGUCUGCCAAGACAUUAGGUGACUUCAUUAUACAUGCAAAAAUUGAAUGAGAUAUCCUUCCAGCACAUUCUGGCAUAUACACAGAGGCAUACUAGUCACCGUUACGUAGGUUUGGUUCGUACACGUUACAUGCAUGUAAUUGUAAGCUUUCUGUUUUAGACUAGUUUUUUUUUUAACUCUUGGUUAGUGGUAGGUAGACAUAUAUAUGUCUCAUGAGCGUCACAGAAUUGUUUCUGUCUACCAUAUGAGUAGCCAAAAGAAAAGCACAAGUGUGGGAAAGAGUUGUCUUCCAUCACGCGGGAGAACCUCUGCUGCCGAUGAGACCCAGUGCCAUGACCCCAUGUAAGGAUUGAGAAACACUCAGGUCUCCGACCCCUGUUUUGUUUUGUUUUGUUUUGUUUUGUUUUGUUUUGUUUUGUUUUAAAAAGGCAGCCUGUAUGGCAUCUCUACUCUUCAGCCCUUAAGCCAUGAACAUAUUCUCCCUUUCUAGCAGUCAUAGAAAUGAACUUAGCAGUACAGCAGUGCUGCUCCCCAAAAUGAAGACUCCAAACUGGAUUCUCCCUUCAGGGUCCCCAGAGAACCAUCACCUGUGGUUAGCCAUUCAGUCAGCAACUUCGCAUUGCAAUGGCUUGUGUUCUAACAAUCUUCCCACUUCUGUUGGGAAUGUAUCCUUGGGAAUUGAGUCAAAAUUGAAUGUAAUGUGGCAGAUAGUAUGUAAGGGGGACUGGGGAGGGGAAGAAAGGGAGAGGAAUUCCUGUAAGAAUUUGGAAAGACUUUACUAGUGUACCUACCAGAAACUGAACCUUAACUGACUGCAGAUACUUCGCUCCUUUCUCGUAGUUUAUUGUGCUGGGGAUGAAACCUGGGACUUUGCCCAUGUCAGGCGAGCACAUUUUUAUGCCUGAGCUACACAAUUCCUCAAGCCCUACACCAUCACUGUCACCUUUCUCUUGUAAGGGAAAUGGGUUUUGUGGAUUAAUAGCCAGAUUCUACUUUGACCUCAGAUGCUGUGUACUUUUUAAACUAUUUUCUCAUAUUCUGCCAUUUUGACUCUUAGUGUCUCUCUGCUGAGCAAAAUGCUUCACAAGCCUGCUUUCCUCUCCAGUGUCAACCGGAUGUUUUCAGCAGGCUUGGCUGCCAUAGCCAUCUCUAAGAUUGAGGCACAAUUGAGUCUUUGUAUGAGAAAGGUCCCAUUCUUCCCUGCCCUCAGAAGUAAAAUUCAGCAUGUACUACUCUGUCAUUUGUUGCUUUUUGAAUUCGCGUUUUUUUAUUCUAAGUAUAAGGUCUUCAACUAGAAGCAGAGACACAUUUUUAGCUGGUUUUUAAAAAGGAACUUUAUUCUCCAGUGUUAUUGCCAAGUUUUGUCACAGUUUCAUGUCAGUGAAUUACCUUCACUUCUUACUAUCUUACUUCACUUCUGUGGUCUCAUUUGUCUUCUUUGAGUGCAGCCAGGACACUAUUCUAGUCUGUGUGUGAAUGAACUGUCCAUCUUUAGACCCUGAGGGUCAUACAGAGCACCUUUGCUCUUUAUCUACAGGAACAGGGCUGUUGAAAACAUCAUCAUCCUAUAGAAAAAAAAAUAAUAUCCCCAGUUUGUUAAACCCUGUAAUAAUGCUUGAUAGGCUUACAGUCAGUGCCAAAGGUGUGCUGUCAUCAAAAAUGGUUCCAUUCAUCAAUAGUAGUAUUUUUAUUCUCAGCCUUAAAUUUGACAAAGGCCAUACUACAUUCAUUAGAUUUGAAAUAAUUGUGAACACCAAUAAUCUAAAUAUAUGAUGAUAAUAUAAAUUGAGUAUCAGACCAGACUUGGUGGCAAACGCCUUUAAUCCCAGCACUUGAGAGACAGAGGCAAGUGGAUCUCUGUGAGUUCAAGGCCAGCCUGAUCUUCAUGGCAAGUUUCAGAGAGACCCUGUCUCAUGGAGCAAAAACUGAACAUCAGUUCUCUCCCAACGCCACAAUACCUCCCCCAGUCCACACUGCCAAAGGAGGACAUGAACAAGAUACAGCAUGGUUUAAGAGGGGACAGUAGUCAGAGAGUGGAGGGCCAGCUCCUGCCAGCUCAGCCUCCACCCUGCCCCUCAUUUCAUGGUCGUCCUGACUAGGUCCUGAGCAGUUGAUGGGUAUUUCCAUCAUUUGAAUGGUUUUUUAAUAGUAGCAAAAUGACAGAAAAUGCCUGUGUUUGCCUCUCAGAAUUUAAGUAGCUCUCUCUCUGGUCAGCUGUACACAUGGAUUUGUUUUCAGCAAGAAAUGGCCCUGGUCAGAAAAGGGGGUAAUAUCCUGGCCAGAAGCUCUACAGAGUUCGGCAUUGUUCCUCAUGGUGACAGACUUACUUUUCCAUAGGAGGGGAUAGGGCAGGUAUAAUUUCAUAAAUAAGAAAUAGUGUUUCCAUAGAGUGUCAUGUGCCUCCACUUAGUUUUCACUCUGAGUGCUUUGGAAACAAACUCCCAAUUACAAUUGACCUGUUUCCAGCCAGUAUCAAUAAAUUGGGAUGACUUCUUCAAAAAGGGAAAUCCCUUCUUCCUACAUUUCUCUCCCUUCUCCCUGGCUUCUUGGACCUGGUCGGUCAUGCAGUUUUUCUUGGGCCACUGAAAGGAUACCCCACUCCUAAGGAUUGUAAAGGGACAGGAGGCAAGAUGGAGCAGCCUUACUUUCAUGACUGACCUUACAGCAGGAAAAGGUGAUAGAUGCUGAAUGUGUAUGCCAAAAACAAAAGGGGGUCUUUGUGCAAAACAGAGCAAACCCUUGGGAUCCUUCAAGAGGUCACAUGCCUUGUAAAGGUAGGAUGGUCACCAAGUGAUGGAUUAUCAUGGAACUUCUUUUUGCCAGAAGUUUGGGGUUAUGUUAAUUGUGUUUAAAACACUACCCCCUUUAAUUCUUUCCAAGGAAUCUCUUAAGUAAUGUGCCUUUGUCAGUCCAGAGACCACCCGUAUGUGGUCUGUCAGAGGGUCUCCUGGCAGCCCCAGGAACAGCCGUUAGAUUUCUCAUGAGGGCCCGUUUUGCAUACUGUGGGUUGUGUGGAAGAGAUUCUGGGUCUUGGCCUGGAAGGUUAUAAACAAGCAAGGCCAGGAGCCAGGUUAGUCCAGUGCAAGUCAGCUGUCUACAUCUGCAUUCGUGUGUGUGUGUGUGUGUGUGUGUGUGUGUGUGUGUGUGUGUGUGUGUUCUGUAAGCACUGGAGAAUUAGAAUGCAGCAAUUUUUGUGAUCCAUUCAUUCACUCUUGUAAAGAAGGCAUUUCUGGCUUUGUGCUGCAGAAGCUGCAUUUUUUUUUUUAACCCUCUCUGACUUAGAAGGUUAUGGUUUUCCCAAAUGCAAGUCACAUCAGUGUUGCUAUUUUUGUGAACAGGGUAUUUAUUGCACGCAAAGGGAAGGUUUUGAAAGAAUUGAGACCGGUAUUUAAAAAAGAAAAAAAAAAUCUGAAAUCAUAUUGUAGUUCUUGAGAACUGUUGUAUAGUCUCUUCGUGUGUUUCAGGUUUGUUUUAAAUGACCCACACCUCUCCCACUCCCAGCCUUCUAAAGAAAGAUCCAGUGAAUGCAGAGGGCCCUGUCCACCAUCCUCAACACACCUCCUCCCUAUCCCCUACUCCAGAGGAAAGCACUCUUCUAGAUUCCUUCAGCUUCUUUCAGGAAGACAAAGGGAGACCUCACUCACUCCCCUUGUUGCCUUGGGAUGUAUUGUUAUGCAAAUGUGAAUUUAAAUAGUGGUUGUGGUUUUUUUGUGGGUUCCCCUCCCCCCAACAAAAAGUCCAUAUGUGGUCAUUCUUGCUCCAUUUUGUAUUCUGAAUUUGUAACUAUGCAUUUUCUGAGAAGGGGGAAGGCAGGGAAGAGGGGAAAGAAACCAAUUUGUAUCCUUAUGUUUUCCAGUUUCUGUGUCCAUGGAAUCUCCAUGUCUAGGAAGGAAAGAAGAGGAGAGGCUCACUAGGUCAGCAUAGUGAGGGCCAGAGGGACCUCCCAGACCCUGCCCUCUGGCAGGUCUGAUUGCCAAGCAAAUUCUGGGGGUGGGAGUGGGUGUCUGCCAUGCCUGUCCACCAUUAAGGUGCAGGAUUCUUGAUACUGGCCAUGCAGUGUUAAACCAGGGCAGCCAUGGAAGCUCACAGACUCCAGUAUUCUCUGAACUCAGAACCCUUUCAAGCUCAGGGAACCAUGCCCCACUCUGCUGACCUGAGAAUUCAUCUUCUCCUUUUACCUUUCUCAGUUUUCAAUCAUUGUGAAGGCUACCAUUCCUAAUUAUGAGCUGAGAAAGAGGGCUGUUACCUGCUGUUUGUUGACAGGCAAAAAAAAGGCUUCCCUUCCCUUCUAUGUCUGCUAUCCCUGAUGUCUGCCUCCCUCACCUGUACUGCACUGGUGGAACAGUGAGUUGUGGGACACUGGAAGGCUUUCAUACUUCCUCCUCUCUGUCCUAACAAUUCCUUUGUAGAGUUGGAAUGUGAUAAAUCAUGGCACCUACAUUGCUCUGGUCUAGGCAUUAUUACAACACACAGCAUCAGAAGCGAGAUUAUGUUCAGCCUGUAUUCAGUGUUUUCCACACAGCAAUCUCUGUUAUGUUCACAGUACUGUAAUGAGUGACAGACUUGAUCACAGUCUCCUUGUGUCUGUGCAAGGCUGCACAGGCAUGAUCUUAUCAGGGUUCCAAUCUGUUCGAUUGCCUUUAAACAAAAGCAAAACAACAAGAAAAUCCUGAUGUUUCAAGUGUCUGACACAAAAUGAUACCUCAAGGUAUAUUCCCCCACCCCACAGUGUAAACCCUUCAUUCCUCCUUUCUUGACAUCAGUCAGUUAUUCUUUAUAAAAUAAGGGUGUGUAAAUAACCAGAUAAGUCUUUGAAACAUUUUCUUUGCUGUGAAAAUAACCCUAAAAUAUGAUAUUUGCAUUUUAAGCCGUCAGAAGUUUCAGAUCUGAAUUCUUGUUGAAGAAAAAGCAACACAGGUCAGUGGGGUGGCUUUGGGUUUGUGGUAUGGCUAUUUUCCUCCUGUAUUCCUCUUCCCCACAACACAGGAUAACAGACCAGGGGCUACACCUGCCCUCCCUAGGUGCUGGCUAUUCUAGCACCAAGACCCCAGGGUGGGGACUAUCCGAAUUUCUCUCUUGUAUAUGAUCCAUCCCUUCCAGGACUAAAGAAAGGUUUUGUAGCCAGGACCUUGAGUUCUCUGCCUUUCUGUUGUUAGGACGCACACACUUCUUGCCCUGUAGUGUGGUUCUCUAACUCCUCAGUGGGGUUUGUCCCUGAUGCUGCAGGCAGUCUUACGACUUUCCUAGCAGUGCUCUAGAAAUGUACUUCUAUUCAGAAGGAGCUCAGCUGAGUGCAUGAAGACAACCCUGAAAACCCUGCGUGUCCGCAAAUCUUCUUCUGUGUCUAUAAAGCUGACAUUCUUAGAGGAGCUAGGUUGACACGUGCUGCUUGACAGGGCACUGACGGCUGCUGCCCUUCUAGACUUGAGGCUCCUGUGAUACAGGGUUAGAAGACUCCCCCCAUUUGUCCCAUUUUAACUUCUACCCAUAUCUGUCAAAAAGUUCUUUAAGUGCGCUCCCUGAUCUUGUUCAAUGACGACUUCCUUUGAGGGAAGAAUCUUGCUGGAAGUGCAUGGGCGCCCCCUGUCCAUCUUCUAACUGGCACUGUUCUUGGAUUUUACUUCUGUUGUUUGUCUGGAGGCCCUGGGCUAUCAGUGUGCUUCCUCUCACUGCUGGGGUUCUGCCUGCCCUCGUUUCCCUCUCUGAUGUUCCCAAAGGGCUUUGCUGAUGUCUGCACCUCUUUCCUGGGACGUUCCCCCUACUACACCCUUUGCACACACCAGUGACCAAAGUGUAUGCAGUGGUCUCAACACAAGACAUCAAAAUGGUGCACGCAUCUCUAGUGUGCUCACAGACAUGUGCACAAGAUUCUGCACCCUUGGCCUUAAUUUCAGCACGACUUAAGGUGCAGGAACAUUUUUAACAGGUUUAAAAAAAAAAUACUCUUCUGGGAGGGAAAAUAAAGCAGAUCCAAUCACUCGACCAUGCCCAGUCCCUAACUUUCCACUAUAUGCUUACAACUUUUCAUUCUGCACCCAGCCCAGCCCUGUUCUGCGUAACCAAAACCAACAAAAAACAACCCAAGGAGAGGUUUCUGGACUGUUUUAUCUUUCUCCCUGUUGAUGGAGAUACAAAUGCUGCUUUGGGUUCCGUAAUCCUAGGGGACUAUGUUUACAUAGUGAAAUUCAUUCUACCAAAUCAGGAAACAGUAAGUAGUGAGAGACCCUUCAGUAAGAGGUCACUGAGGCUGAACCAGAGGUGAGAGGACCUGGGGAUGUGGCAGAGGGGGAGAGAGAUCCUAUUCAGCUCAUUGUGACACAGGUUCACCCCCUCCUCUCUGCUCUUGGCGGCCCUCUUUGCCCCUUUAAUCAGAAGGCUCAGAGAAAGGCACCAGGAACAGGCUGAAGUUUUAAGAGGCAGCUUUCCAACUUUGCACACAAACUUUGUGGAAGGUACCGCAAAAAUCCUCUCGUCUGAAACACUCGGCAGAAAAACCUGUCAAAAGGACUAAAUCGCUGCACUUGUUGAUGCUCUCUGCAAGUUACCUAUAAGUGUUUUGUUUUCUUAUACUUGAAAUUGCUUUUAUGAUAUUAUUUUGGUGGCUUUUUCUCUUUUCUCUCUUCUGAUUGGCAAUUGACAAUGCAGAUAAGUUUUAAGGAUAUUUGAGGGGAGAAAAGGAAGGCUGUGGCAUUGUCUUUUUUAACAUAAAGGUUCAGUCAGACUCCCGUAUGGUAAGGUUGCUCAUCUUACUGGUUUAACGUGGACACAGAAACUAGGCACUUUGGUGGUUCACUUGCACGGCAGGCCGGCCCCCUUUCUAUAUUUUAUUUUACUUUUUUUAGUAUAGUGGUACUUAAAAUCACUGGUUCACUUAAAAAAAAACAAACAAACAAAAUGUUAAACUCUACUAAUGUACAAAUAAGCUGAAAAGUUGCAUUUUAUGUGUAUUUUUUGCCAUAGCAGGUACUGUAUUUCUCAUGCUGGAUUUCAAAAUAUAUAUAUAUAUAUAUAUAUCAAAAACAAACAAAACUGAAGGGUGGUGUUUUCUCGGAUUGUGACAGGUUGAGUGAUAAGGAAUAAAGUCGUAGUCAUUUCAUUAAAACAGAGAUGAUGUAAUGCAUAUAUAAGAGUUUUCUGAAGGGUUUUUUUUUUUUUGGGCUUUUAAACAGCUUAUUUUGUUUUUGUUUAGUUUUAUUUUAUUUUGGAAAGAUAUGAUUGUAUUAUGUGCAACUCAGUUGCUUACAUUAUAACUACAAAAUAUUUUUGAGUUCCUGGAAAAAAAAAAAAAGAAAAAGACUAAUAAAUGUGUUUGGCUGCUAAGCA